GCUUGGCGUGCAGGCCCGGCCCGGCGCGGGGGGGUUUGGACAAGAUGGCUGGCUCCACAGGAAGAAUAGCUUUUUGCUAAAUGAGUGUGCCAGUGCAGCUAAUUGAGGAGUCCGAUCAGUGCAAGAGUGGGAGGGGGGACCUCUGCUGGCAGUGAGCAGCUGAGCUCAGCUGCAUGGGAAGGCAACAGCAGUUAAAGUACCUCGUAAUUUUCGCUUGUUGGAAGAACUUGAAGAAGGGCAGAAGGGAGUAGGUGAUGGUACAGUAAGCUGGGGCCUUGAAGAUGAUGAAGAUAUGACACUCACCAGGUGGACAGGCAUGAUUAUUGGGCCACCGAGGACAAACUAUGAAAACAGAAUAUACAGUCUGAAAGUAGAGUGUGGACCUAAAUAUCCAGAAGCACCUCCUACAGUUAGAUUUGUAACUAAAAUUAAUAUGAAUGGAAUAAAUAAUUCCAAUGGAAUGGUGGAUGCACGGAGCAUACCAGUGUUAGCAAAAUGGCAAAAUUCUUAUAGCAUUAAAGUUGUACUUCAAGAGCUAAGACGUCUAAUGAUGUCCAAAGAAAAUAUGAAGCUUCCACAACCUCCAGAAGGACAAACUUACAACAAUUAAUUUUAGCUGAUUCUCAAACUUCUGUCUUAAAACAACAACCUUCUACUCAUGUUAAUGUCUUGAUUAAAUCUCACAAUGCAAACACCCACACAUUAAAAGAAUUUCAGCUGGUAUACAUGACCUGGACAUUUGUAAGAAUAUAUAUAAUAUAUGUAUGCCCAAUAUGUUUUCAGGCACUAUGGGAGAAAAAGGCAGCACAAUUAUUUUUUUCUCUUACCAAGGCACUGUCAUUUAAGCAUAAGCCUGAAAUAGCCUAAAAUUGGAAUUCAGGUUUUACAAGAUGAAAGCAUGACAGGAAGUGUCAGGUUGCUGUGGAAUAAUAUAUGUUUCUGAAAAUAAUCUCUUGAGAAGGCAAAGUAUAAAUGGCAUGCUUUAUCCAUCUUGCUUAGUAAAAGAGCUGCAGUUAAAAUUUGUUUUAAAGUAGCAGGUACAGUGAAUACCGUUGCUCAUCUUGUUUAAUUUUGCAAGGGUGUGGGUACCGACUACUAGUAGUGUCACAAAGUAUGUUCAGGAUUGUUUUCAUACCUGUAUUUAUAAAAUGGGGGGAUUAAUUUCUGUUAAGCAGCUCCUGUGUGUUACAUGUAUCGGACAUGGCAAAUAUUUGUUUACAGUCUUUGUUCUAAUAAACCAUGCAUUUAAGUUUUAGUGAAACAAAGGAAAUGUAUGGAUAUGUGAUUGAGAUUAAAGUUAGUCUUAAAAUGUAAAUAAAAUGUGGAAAGUGUC